AAUCAAAAUCAAAAUCAAAACCCCUCUGUUUUCCAGCGCAUGCUCGUGGAUCGUGCCAUGGCAGAUGGAUUUUACGGUAGGUACGUAAUUUGAAGGGUGAUUUUUUAGUUUCGACACGACGUCGGAGGGGACGGCUUCCAACACAACAUAAUACGGCACGGCACGGCUGAUACCAGCACUGCACUCGCGAGACCCAUCCAUCCUUGCACCAUGCAGCGCCACGGCACGGCUCCCGAACCAAAGAGAACGAGACAGAGGCGGAAGCAAACCGCUGCGAUGCGGGAAACCACCGGAACGAAAGCGCUGGCAACCGUGGUGGCGAUGCUGCUGAUGAUGAUGACGAUCCUUCUGCCGACCCGGAAGAACGGGUCCGUCCCUUGCUUCUCCGACGCCUUUCCGCUCCGGAGUGCCUUCCGUCGGGCACAGGGUCUCUCCGCUGGCAGCCCCGGACCCCACCGGCCCCGGAACCUCCCGCAGAUCCGCAACCCCCCUUUCCCGGUCUUGCCUGCUUCUCCCAGCGGAAGAAACGACCCAGCGCGCGGAAAGGCCACCGAUCCUUCGAAGCAGCAACAACAAAAACCGCACGACACCAAACCCAAACCACCCGACCACCGCUGGACCUCCCGGGCGGCGGCCCUCGCCCUCCCGGCACUCAUCGGGAUGCUCGCCGAUCCCCUCCUCAGCGUCAUGGACACGGUCUGCGUCGGACGCCUCUCCGCCAGCGGCACCCGGGACCUGGCGGCCCUGGGGGCCUGCACCUCCCUCUUCCACCUGGCCUUCAACGCCUUCCGGGCCACGACGGCCGCCACCACCAGCCUGGUGGGAAAGUCCAGCGACGAGCACGAGCGGAGGCAGAUCGUCCAGAUCUCCCUCAACCUGGGACUCCUCCUCGGCCUCGGGGUCGUGGUCUUCCUAAGGGUCUUUGGGCCCUGGUGCCUGGGGUGCAUGGGGGUGCCCGGGUCCAGCCCGCUCUUUGGCCCCUCCAGGGCCUAUCUCUUCACGAGGUCCCCCGCGGCCCCGGCCGUCCUCGCCGCCACCGUCGCGGAGGGGGCCUUUCGGGGGUACGGGGACACACGCAUCCCCCUGCUGGCCAGCGGGGUGGCGGCCCUCCUCAACGCGGUGCUCGAUCCGGUCCUCAUGCUCCCGCCCUUUUCGAUGGGGGUCCGGGGCGCGGCCCUGGCCACGGCGGUGGCCCAGUUCGGGGCCCUCGGCGUCUACCUGGUGUGGCUGCGCAGGCGGAGGAUGCUCCCGCGGGAGGCCCUUGGCGCCGCCUCCCCCGGGGAAGGCACCCGCAAGCGGAAGGUCGUGGCCACGAUUCUGGGGGCCAACCUGGCCAUGGUCGGGAAGCAGGGCUCGCUGCUGCUGGCCUGGGCCUUUGCGACGUCCCGGGCGACGAGGAUCGGCCCCGCCCACGUGGCGGCCCACCAGGUCGGCCUCAGCGUCUGGCUGGUCCUGGCCCUGAUCCAGGACGGGGCCGGCGUCGCCGCCCAGGUCCUGCUGGCGGGGGUGCUGAAGGAAGCCCCCGGGCCGGCGCAAACCCGCGAAAGGGAUCCCUGUAGAGGAGACACCGGGAGCGAUGGCAGCACCCCAUGGAACGAACCGCGAGCCGCCGCUCCCUCCGCGAGCCGCUACCAAACCGCGCGCUCCCUCGUGGCCUACAUGCUCCGGUUCUCCGUCCUCCAGGGCAUCGCCGCCACGGCCGUCCUGCUCCUCGCCGCCCCCUUCCUCCCCGGCUGCUUCGUCCCGGCGGCGGCCGGCGGGUCGUCGAGGGUGGUCCGGGACCGGCUGGUCGAGCUCCUCCCCCACGUGGCCCUCCAGCAGCUCCUGGUGGGCCCGACCCUCGUCGCCGAGGCCCUGGCCGCCGGCGGGGGCCGCUUCGGCCUGCUGGCGGCCGGGACGGCCUGCGCCACCGGGGCCGCCCUCUGGCAGCUCGGGAGGGCCACCACGGUGGCCACCAUCUGGUCUCGCGGGAUCGUGACCCUCUUCGCGGGCCGGCUGCUGACGGCCCUGGUGGGGACCGCCCUGGUGCUGCGGGAGUGCCAGAAAGAGGAGCCAGAGCCGGCGGUCUGACCGACCGGAACCCAGGCGCGGCGCCGGGUGUGUCUUGUUUUCCGCCAGAUAAUAUGCGGUACACACACACUGCGGCAUUUGUGUUGUGUUCCGCGGCCCCGGGGGGAGUUCCCAGAGCGGCGUGCGGUGCACGACACAGACAAACGGGGCCACCUUGUGUGCCGCCACGGAGAGAAGGCCCGAUGGAUCGGAUCCGCCCUAGACGCCUUUUGUGCCGAUGAGAUGCGGACGGCGGGCAGCGACUCUGCUUCCAUCCAUCCGCAGGAACGAACGAAUCAAUCCUCCGUGGAGUCGCACGGUGCACCCCAAACUGCAGCGCAACGCAUAAAAUAACACUAGGCAA